AUGCCGCCCCGAAUCAACAUCCCCCCGGUCACCCGUGGCCUCCUGGCCGUGCUCGUAUUGCAGUCUUUCUUGAGUGCUGCGAUCCGCUAUCGCCAGUGGAGCGCAACCUCAGAGAUCGUGAUACCCUACCUCACGCUCAUCCCUCAGCUCUCCCUUAUUUACCCGUGGACCUUCUUGACCUCAACAUUGGUUGAGAAUAACAUCUUCACGCUAGGCAUUGCCGGAGUAACCAUAUACCAUGGCGGAAGAUAUCUCGAGAGAGCUUGGUCGUCGGCGGAGCUGGCCAAGUUUGUUGCCAUCACAGCUCUGAUCCCGAAUACCCUCACAUUUGCGACCAUGAUCGUCUUUUUCACUCUGACGAGGAACGAGCGUUGGACGUAUGUAGAGCUCUCUCUUACAAGAAAAGCCGGAAGCUCCGAGGCUAACCCAGCUCCAAACAGACUCACCGUCAUUGGUGGCACGAUUCCGAUGCAAAUAUCCUUCCUCGUCGCUUUCAGUCAGCUCGUCCCGGCGCACACUGUCACCCUCUUCCGUGGCAUUCUCUCCAUGCGAGUCCCGAGAUUCCCGCUCGUGUACCUCGGAAUUGUGCUUGCGCUCACCCUGACGCCGCUUCUGACGACCGCCUCCUUCUCCCUUGCUGUGACCGGCUUCCUCACCAGCUGGACCUACCUCCGUUUCUACAAGAAGGUCUUCCCCGACCUCGAUGCCUCGCAGCCAACAUCGAUGCGCGGAGACGCCAGCGAGACUUUUGCCUUUGCCGAGUUCUUCCCCAGCCCCGCCAAACCGUUCGUGGCCGCGCUCUCUUCCCAAAUCUUCGAGGUCCUCGUCGCGAUGCGGAUAUGCAGCCCGUUCUCUGCCGACAACAUGUCCGGGGGACGCGGGAAUAACUACAUCCAACGUAGCGCCCCCGGCGGCGCAAGAGCGGAAGCGGAGCGGAGACGCGCGCUCGCCCUCAAGACACUCGAUCAAAGACUCCACGCGGCGACGGCCAACGCGGCGGCGCGCUCGUCCUCACAGCCCCCGGCGCAGCAACCCACGGGGCCAACGGUGCAGACGCAACCCGCACCCAACACGCAGACGGCCAUGACCACUGGGCCGACCGAGAUGUUGGGGGAGACAAAUUACACCCCCGAGCAGGACUCGAACGACAAGAACGGAUCAUAG